UAUAUAUAGUACGAAUAAAAACAAAGUGUAUCUCAAGUUCUUGGCAAUGUUACCAAACUCACUCAUUCGAGAAUUCUGAGAUAGUUAUCAAAGUUCCAGAAUUCCACUAGCAUUAAGCUAAAAUGAAGAGUUACCAACUACUCCAGCUUCUUUUGGUGCUUCAUUGCUAUACACAUGGAUUUAUCUUCACUAAGAUGCCAAUAAAUGUGACAACAGAGAAGAACUCUUAUGUGGUUGGAGAUUCAGUCACUAUAUACUGUGUUUGUACCGACAAAAGUUUGUUACAAGAUAGAAACCUGUACUUUUUUGACUUGAGAAAUGACAAACAUUUCAUCAAAUCCAAUGAGACAAUACUCAAUACAUCUAUUGGUAAAACCGCCAUAAUACUAACACUGACCAAUGUUACUGAAGGGAAUUACGCAAUUGCUUGUCGUUUAACCAAUGACACUGACCAACUUCGUCUUGGAACAGUUUCCUUUGAUGUUGGAUAUCCACCAGAACUGGGUGCUGUUUGGUUUGAAAAUCUGGAUUACUUCCAGUUAGCCAUCAAUGUAAAACCAAAGAAAAUUGAUUUCAACGAUUAUUGGAAAGUGACAUGGACAUUCCGAGAUCCUGAAAGAAGAAGAAUCUUUGAAGAUAGCUGUCCAUGUUUGAGGCACAGCUGCCAAUGCUCAAAUCCUUUCCAUUGUGUUGUUAAUGAGAAUUGUUAUCUCAGAAACAGUCAAUAUGAAUUUUCUGUUGUUGGUAUUAACUUCUAUGGACAGUAUAACAAAACAUAUUUUGUCAAAUCAGAUUUAACAUCAGUAAAACUUCAAUCUUUAAUCAAAAAAGAAGUCACAGCCACUGAUUCAUCAUUAACAUUUUCUUGGACAUGGUUCCUUCAGAAUCUAUUAUCACCCUAUAUUAUUCCGAUAUGUAACAUUUCAUAUAAAUCAGAAUGGAAUAAUCAAGUAACAGAAUUAAAUACUACACUUGAUAAAAUAUCCUUGACCCAGUUAAUGCCAACUACCAUGUAUACAAUUACUCUUAGGUGUAAAUUGUCUGAGAGUCCUUACUGGAGUGACCCAGUAACUGUCCAGAACCGAACAUUGGCCAUAACUCCUGAUAUGACACUACCUACAUUGAAUGGCAGCUACCUUGACUGGAAAUGUUUAGAUGGUGCACGCCGUUGCUUGACAGUUUUCUGGAAGGUCAACAUUUUACAGAUGCAUGCAUAUGCAUCUCAUGGCAAUUAG